UCCUUUAUUUCUCUCGUCAUCUGAACCGGAAAUCAACAGAAGGCUGACAGAGGCUCUGGUGCAGGUCCGACCCGGAGCUUUCAGUCAUGGUCUUCGAGUCUGUGGUCAGCGACCUGCUCAACAAGUUCAUCGGGGACUACGUGGAGAACCUUGACAAGUCCCAGCUCAAGAUCGGGAUCUGGGGAGGAAAUGUUGUACUCGAGAACCUAAAAGUGAAGGAGAAUGCUUUGAGUGAGUUUGACGUUCCGUUCAAAGUGAAGGCCGGACAGAUCGGGAAGCUGACGCUGAAGAUUCCCUGGAAGAAUCUUUACAAUGAAGCCGUGGUGGCCACGUUGGACGGUCUGUACCUGCUGGUCGUCCCUGGAGCCACGUUAAAGUUUGAUGCAGGGAAGGAGGAGCGUUACCAGCAGGAGAUGAAGCAGAGAGAGCUGCAGCACAUCGAGGAGGCACUGCAAACGGCUGCACGCCGAGAGAAACCUCAGGAGGAGAAGAAGGACACGUUUGUGGAGAAGAUGGCGACUCAGGUGAUCAAAAACCUGCAGGUUAAGAUCAGCAGCAUCCACCUGCGCUACGAGGAUGACCUGUCAGACCCACAGCGCCCCCUGUCUGUGGGAGUAACACUGUCAGAGCUCAGCCUGCAGACCACUGACGAGAACUGGAAGUCGUGUAUCCUGAACGAAGCGGCAAAGAUCAUCUAUAAGCUCGGCCGUCUGGACUGUCUGUGCGCCUACUGGAACGUUAACAGUCCCAUCUUUUACAAAGGAUCAUGGGAAACUAUCGUGGAUCAGCUGAAGUCUGGGAUCAGCACCAAAGACCGGGAGCUUCCUCACUAUCAGUACAUUUUUAAGCCGAUCUUUGCUUCGGCUAAAACGUGCAUCAACCCGAACGCUGAGCUGGAACUGAAAACUCCAAAAGCAAAUCUUCACCUGGAGGUUCAGAACAUCGCCAUAGAGAUGACCAAACCACAGUACCUGAGCAUGGUGGAGGUGCUGGAGUCCAUCGACUGCAUGGUAAAAAACGCCCCCUACAGGAAGUUCAAACCUGAUGUCAACGUCCACAUGAAUGCCAAACUCUGGUGGAGGUACGCCUUCAACAGCAUCAUGGAGGUCCACAUCAGACGCUACAGUCGCAUGUGGUCCUGGUCCAACAUCAAACAGCACAGAGAGCACCUGAAAGUCUACAAGAGUGCCUAUAAGACUAAACUGUUGAGCCAGAACAAGCCGAACCAAGACACAGAACGACAGGUCCAGGACCUGGAGAAAGUCCUGGACGUCUUCAACAUCACUUUAGCCCGGCAGCAGGCCCAGAUGGAGGUGAUCAGGUCCGGACAGAAGGUGGUGGGGAAGAAGGCACCAGGGGGGCAGAAGCAGGGAGGAGGUUUCUUCAGCAGCUUAUUUGGUAGAAAGGCCAAGAAGGAGGAGGCAGAGCCAGAGGAGUGCAAGGACACACAAAGUUCAGGUUUGGACGAGCUCAUCACGGCCGAGGAGAAAGAAAAACUCUACACUGCAAUCGGCUACAGCGGCAGCUCUCACAACCUGGCUUUACCCAAACAGUAUGUCGCCGUGGUCGUCACCUUCCAGCUGUUCAGGACCUCAGUGACGGUCCGAGAGCUGCCAGACAUCCCAGAGAUCCUCAAAGUCCAGAUGAUUGACCUCAGCACCAAAAUCUCUCAGAGACCUGGAGCUCAGGCCUUAAGGGUGGAGGUAGCGCUGGAGCACUGGUAUGUUACAGGUUUACAGCAGCAGGGGGCGGUACCUUCGCUCAUUGCCUCAGUAGGAGACUCCUCGUCCUCUCUGCUCAGCGUGGCGUUUGAGGUAAACCCACAGGAGAGCGCCGCCGACCAGCUGCUCAGAGUCCACUCUCAGCCUGUGGAGAUCAUCUACGACGCGCUGACGGUGAACAGUCUGGCCGACUUCUUUAAGACGGGGAAAGGUUUGGAUCUGGAGGUCCUGACCUCGGCCACGCUCUCCAAACUGGAGGAGAUCAAAGAGAAAACCGCUACAGGUUUGUCUCACAUUAUUGAAACCAGGAAGGUCCUGGACCUGAGGAUCGAUCUGAAGCCAUCCUACCUGCUGGUACCAAAGUCCGGUUUCUACAGCGAAACGUCAGACCUCAUCAUCAUAGACUUCGGCAGCUUACAAUUGAACAGUGUUGAGCAGAGCGGUCUCAGUUCGUCUCCGUCCUCCUUCUCCUCUUUGGAGGAAAUCAUGGAUCGAGCCUAUGAGAGAUACAACGUGGAGCUACGACGAGUCCAGGUGCUCUACAGCAAGUCAGGUGAAGCCUGGAAGUCAGCCCGGCUGCAGGGUUCAUCAGUCCAACACAUCCUCCAGCCAAUGGACUUCACUGUCCAGCUGGCCAAGUGUAUGGUGGAGAAGGACGCCAGGAUGCCCGGGUUAAAGGUGUCUGGGGAGCUGCCGCUACUGCAUGUUAAGAUCUCAGACCAGAAGAUAAAGAACGUUCUUGAACUGGUGGACAGCAUCCCGCUGCCCAGCAGGGGCUCCACCCCCUCCACCCCCACAGAGAAGGUGCUCUCGUUGGCGGAGGCCCGACCACGAGCGCUGAGCCUUCACCCCUCCCUCCUCAACACCAUGGAAACAGAUUCGGAUGAAGACACCAGUGAGAAGUCAACGGACGAGGAUCACCAGCGCUCGGCUCUGGAGGAGCUCACGGACCUUCACUUCAAGUUUGAAAUCAAAGAGGUGCUGUUGGAGCUAACCCGGCAGGUGGACCAGGAGAAGACCAUCCUGUCCUUAAGCGUCUGUGAGCUGGGAGCUGAAGGGAAGAGUCGGAGCUUCGACCUGAGGGUCUCCUCAUACCUGCGCAGAGUCACCCUGGACUACUGCGACGUACCAGACGGCAGGAAUCAUCCUCUCCACCUGAUCAGCUCCUCAGAGCAGCAGGGCUCCAACUUGCUGAAGGUGGAUUUCAUGAAGGCUGACCCCAGCGGCCCCAGCUUCCAGACUCUGUUCAACAACACGGAGCAAACACUGAAGGUGGAGUUCACCUCUCUGGACUUCCUGCUUCACACCAAAGCUCUGCUGUCAACCAUCAACUUCCUGAACAGCGCCGUGCCGCCGCAAUUCACCGCCGCUCGAGACCAAGAUGCCCAAAAAAAGGUGGAGAAGACUGGAGCGGGCCGGACAGUGUCUAAAGGAACCAAAGAUGGCGGCGUUUUCAGCUUCAAGCUGUUUGCAGUGUUGGGUUGUUUCCACGUGGAGGUGUGUGACGAUCGCUGCAGCAUCGCUGAUAUCAGAGUCCAAGGAAUCGAUGCGUCGGUGUUGGUGCAGGCGAAGGAGACGGAGGUGUUCGCUCGACUCCGAGACAUCUUGGUCACAGACGUCAGCCCCAAAACUGUCCACAGAAAGGCGGUGUCCAUCAUGGGUGAGGAGGUGUUCAGCUUCAAACUCUCCUUGUUUCCGGGGGCAACGGAGGGGGAGGGUUACAGCGACACGACAAAGGUGGACGGGAAGGUCACGAUGCGUCUGGGCUGCAUCCAGAUCAUCUACCUGCACAAGUUCCUCAUGUCGUUGCUGAUGUUCAUCGAUAACUUCCAGACGGCUAAAGAAGCUCUGAGCGCCGCCACAGCUCAGGCGGCGGAGAAGGCGGCGUCCAGAGUUCGGGGCUUCGCCCAGAAGAGUUUCCGUCUGUCCAUGGACAUCAAGCUGAAGGCACCGCUCAUCAUCAUCCCGCAGUCCUCCACCUCCCAUAAUGCCGUGGUGGCGGAUCUGGGUCUGAUCACGGUGGGGAACAGCUUCUCCCUGCUGCCGGCUGAAGGCUUCUGUCUGCCGGCGGUGGUGGAGAAGAUGGACAUCAAGCUGACUCAGCUGAAACUCUCCAGAACCACGCUGAAACAAGACUCCUCUCAGCCUGACUUUGAGAUCCUCCAGCCAAUCAACUUACAGCUGCUCGUCACCAGGAACCUGGCUGCUUCCUGGUUCACCAAGUUUCCUGGAGUCCAGGUCCAGGGGGUCCUGCGGUCCCUCAACAUGAGUCUGGGCGAGGAAGACCUCGGGGUGCUGAUGAUGGUCCUGGUGGAGAACAUCGGGGAGGGGAGUAAAGAGCACAGCAUGGAUGUCAAAAGACAGGUGGCUCAAGAGAAGGCGGAGCUUGCUCAGCAGCCGGUGGAGCUGGUAUCGUUACAGACGGGAUCAGCUUUGGCCGCCACCACCACCAUGAGUCUGACUGAAAACACCGUCAACGUUCUCCUCAAUUUUGAAAUCAAAGAGGUGCUGCUGACCCUAAAGAAGCCCAGAGAGCAGAAGGAGUCACCUUUCCUGGUCUUUCAUGUCGCUCACCUGGGCAUCAACACCGAAGUCAGGAAGUACGACAUGUGUGCCACGACGUACAUCAACAAGAUCACCAUGAAGUGCCUGGAGUUCGAAGACUCCAGCGGCGAGCCGUUGUGUCUCAUCAGCUCCUCGGUAGAGUCUGGAGCUGAACUGCUCAAAGUGCAGUAUUUCAAGGCCGACCGCUCGGGGCCGAACUUCUGCACAGUGCACAAGAACACGGAACAGAUGAUCAACGUAACCUUCACCUCUCUGGACCUCAUGCUCCACACUGAGGCUCUGCUGUCAGCCAUCAACUUUCUGUCGAUUGCGCUGUCGUCCAGCAGCGUGACGUCUCCAGAGAAGGAGAUCAGACCGAGGACAGAGGACAAGACGGUCUCCACCAAGUCCACUGCCCUGGUGUCACCGGCAGACAGCGAGGUCAUCGACCUGAAGGUGACGAUGACGCUGGGAGCCUUCAACGUCCUGGUCUGCGACCAAAGCUGCAACAUGGCUGACAUCAAGAUCCAAGGUCUUAAUGGCUCUCUGCUGGUGCAAGGACCACAAACUGACAUAUCGGCCCGCUUGAGAGACUUCAUCGUCCUCAACGUUGAUCCCAGAAGCAUCCACAAGAAGGCCAUCUCCAUCGUGGGUGAUGAGGUGUUCAGCUUCACCAUGAGUCUGACGCCCAACGCCACAGAGGGCGCCGGCUACGCCGACACCUCCAAAACCGACGGCAGGGUGAAGCUGAACGUGGGCUGCAUCCAGGUGGUUUACCUGCACAAGUUCAUCGUGUCUCUGCUGAACUUCGCCAACAACUUCCAGAUGGCUAAAGAAGCUCUGAGCGCCGCCACAGCUCAGGCGGCGGAGAAGGCGGCGUCCAGCGUUCGAGACUUUGCGCAGAAGAGUUUCCGUCUGGCCAUGGACAUCAAGCUGAAGGCUCCGCUCAUCGUCAUCCCCCAGUCCUCCACCUCCCAUGAUGCACUUGUGAUGGACCUGGGUCUGAUCACGGUGGGAAACAGCUUCUCUCUGCUACCCGUCGAUGGAUGCCCGCUGCCGGCCGUCAUCGACAACAUGGACGUCCAGUUGACGCAACUCAAACUCUCCAGGACCCUUAUGGACCCGGCGACGUGUCGACCCUGCAGUGAGCUUCUGGAACCGGUAAACCUGAACCUGAACAUUAAGAGGAACCUGGCUGCUUCCUGGUACAAGAAGAUGGUCGCUGUGGAGGUCGAUGGACAUCUGAAGCCCAUGAAGGUGGAGCUGAGCCAGGACGACCUGACGGUGCUGCUCAGGAUCCUGAUGGAGAAUCUGGGAGAGGCUGGUGGUCUGGAGCCUCCCGCCCCGAGACAGGAGGCCAGCGUGCAGCUCCGGGCGGCCGGAGGCCCCCCUGCAGGGGAUGCUGGGAAGCCCGCUGGAAGCAGUGACGAAGAGGAGGACGAAGCUGUGGAGACCAUGAAGUUUAACUUCACCAUCGAGUCUCUUGGUCUGAUUCUGUACAGCAAUGACCCAAAACAGCCGUUGGACCUGCAGCACCAGAAGAACCUGAGACUGGGCGAGUUCGCGCUCCACCUGCUGAAGACUUCAGGGAAGAUCCUGGCCAACGGCAGCAUGGAGGUGUCCACUGUCCUCAGCGCCUGCACGCUGGACGACAUGAGGACAGGCAUGGACAGGGUGACCUCACGCAUGGUGGGGCGGAGAGACGAGGAGAGCUCCGAGGCCAUGGUGGAGGUGACGUAUCGACAGAGUGCUGCAGAACGGGAGGUGGUGGCUGUCCUGCAGAAACUCUACCUGUGUGCCAGCGUGGAGUUUCUGAUGGCCGUCGCAGAUUUCUUUCUGCAGGCUCUGCCACAGAGUUCCACUCGGACCACCGCCUCUGCACCGAGCGACAGACUGCCACUGAGACAGACUGCCGAGCCGCGAGCCGACGCCAAGACCGUCUCGAUGGUCAGGACUCGUCUUCGGGCGGUGGUGGUGGACCCAGAGGUGGUGUUUGUAGCCAGCCUGAUGAAAGCGGACGCCCCCGCUCUCGUGGCCUCAUUUCAGUGUGACUUGACCCUGCAGGCCGAGGAGGACGCUACCCAGAACAUGAGAGCCAACCUGAGGGAGCUGAAAGUCCUGGCCUGCCCGUUCAUCCAAAACAAGAAGGACAAGGCUGUUACCACUGUGUUGAGACCCUGCUCACUCGCCCUGGAAACCAAAACCCACGCUAACCAAGGACUGAGCGGCUCUGUGAUGGUGGAGGAAGUCAUUAUCAAGAUCUCACCGUUCAUCCUCAACACGGUGAUGACAAUAACAGCCGCCAUGACGGCAAAGCAGUGUGACGAGCAGAGUCAGGAGUUAAGGCCGGGCGUCGACGACCUCUGGUCGGUCAUGAACAUCUACGGCUGUAAUUUCUGGUUCCUGGGGGUGGACCAGGCUGCCGAGGUCACCGAGAACUUCAGAGAGCAGGACGGACACAACGAGGGCGAGAGCUUUGCUGCAGAGGUCAAGGUGGUCCAGGUGACUCUGGAGUCCGGUUUGGGUCAUCGGACCGUCCCUCUGCUGCUGGCCGAGUCCUCCUUCAAUGGAUCGGCCAAAAACUGGUCGUCUCUGCUGCAGCUGACAGCCGACAUGACGCUGGAGGUUAACUACUUUAAUGAGCUUCAUGCAGUGUGGGAGCCUCUGAUCGAACGAGUUGACAGUGGCAAACGCAGAUGGAACCUGCAGCUCGAGAUGAAGAACAACCCGGUCCAGGACAAGAGUCCCGUUCACGGAGACGACUUCGUCAUUCUUCCUGAACCUCGCACAGCCAUCAGCAUCUGCUCCAAAGACACCAUGAACAUCACCGUCUCCCAGUGCAGCAUCAACGUCUUGUACAACCUCGCCAAGGUGUUCUCAGAGGGCACAGCCUCCACCUUCGACUCCUCUUUGAAAGAGAAAGCCCCCUUCACCAUCAGAAACUCUCUUGGGAUUCCUCUCAUCGUGCAGCACAGCAGCAACCUGAGGCCGGUGGGGUCAUCAGCGCAGGGACGGAUACAUGAGCUGUCCGUGGAUCAGAGCAUGGACCUGGAGUACUCUGUGUUCGAGCCGUCAUCACGGGGCAAACUGUCAGCUCUGCAGCGGCAAGAGAGCUGCCUGUUCCACCUCACCAUCGUUCCCUCCGGAUACAGCGAGAUCUCCAACAUCGCUGUAGACAAACCGGGUCGACGUCUCUACAACAUCCGUAGUCCGUUGAUACCGGAGGCGGUCUCUGUGCUGCUGCAGAUCGACGCUGCAGAGGGCAACAAGGUCAUCACUGUCCGUUCGCCGCUGCAGAUAAAGAAUCACUUCUCUGUGCCGUUCACCAUCCUGAUGUACUGUCCAAAGUCCAGGAGCCUGCAGAGCGUCGGACAGGCCGAACCUGAGAAAGAGUUUCACAUCGCCUUAGAAACAUACAGAUGUCAGCUGUUUGUACGUCCGGCGGGUCGUCUGGAGGCUCAGUACGGUCCGUCCUCCACCUGCGUGGCGUGGAAGGAGCAGGUGCACCGCAGCUCGGAGGUGCGUUCGGUGCUGCAGUGUCCGGCGGCCGACAGCAGCCUGCUGCCGCUGAUGGUCAGCACGCUGGCUGUCCCCGACGACCUGCGACACAUCGCCAGCCACGGAGAGGAAGACUGGUACCCCGCCUACGUCAUCCACCUCCACCCUGUGGCCACGCUACGCAACCUGCUGCCCUACACCGUCCGCUACUUGAUGGAGAACUCAGCAGACACUUAUGAGCUUCAGGAAGGAAGCACGUCGGACCUCCUGAACGCUCGUGUCUCAGGUGAGAUCAUGUCGUUGGUGCUGAUGAGGUAUCAGGGCCGCGACUGGCACGGACAUCUUCGUGUCGAACAGGAAAUGCCGGAGUUCUUUGCCGUGUGUCUCACGUGUGACUCGGACACCAACGUGACGGUGGAUGUGAGCGUUCACGUGACGAGGACGGCGAGCCGCCUGCUGCUGUCACUCUUCAGCCCGUACUGGAUCAUCAACAAAACUUCUCGAGUGCUGCAGUACAGAGCAGAGGACGUCAGCUUCAAACACCCGGCCGACUGCCGAGACAUCUUCCUGUUCUCUUUCAGGAAAAAGAACCUCUUCAGCAAGAACAAGCUCCAGUUGUGUGUGUCCACCAGCUCCUGGUCUGAAGGUUUCUCUCUGGACACCGUGGGAAGUUACGGCUGCGUUCGCUGUCCGGCUAACAACAUGGACUUCCUGGUGGGCGUCAGUAUCCAGAUGAGCAGUUUUAACCUGACCAGGAUCGUCACCAUGAGUCCAUUCUACACUCUGGUCAACAAGACGUCCUAUGAGCUGGAGGUGGGAGAAGUGACCAGCCAGACCUCCACCAGGUGGCACUACAUCGCCACCACAGAGUGCCUCCCUCUGUGGCCGGAGAACACUUCGGGGAAGUUGUGUGUCCGUGUGGUCGGAUCUGAAUCCACCUCCAAGUACUUCUUCUUUAACCGACAGGACAACGGCACCGUGCUGAGCCUCGACAUGUGCGGUGGGAUCAUCGUGGAUGUCAACAUCUCCGAUCUCGCCACCAUCAUCAGCUUCAGCGAUUACUAUGACGGAGCAGCUCCGGCCCUCCUGGUCAACCACACGCCCUGGGUCACCAUCAGCUACCGGCAAAGCGGCUCAGCGAUGGAUCACCAGCUACAACCCAACGAAGCCCGACGCUUUGCGUGGGACGACCCAGCCAGCGCCCGAACGCUCAGCUGGAGCUCCGGGGGACAUUCUGGAGAGCUGGACCUGCUGAAGGAUGAGGUGGGUCAGUUCUCCUACGACAACUUGAGUCAGAUCCACUGGGUUUCCUUUCUGGACGGACGCCAGCGGGUACUGCUGUUCACCGAGGACGUCGCCGUGGUGACAAAAGCUCGGCAGGCCGAGGAGCUGGAACAGUUCCAGCAAGAAGUAAAGGUGUCGCUGCAGAACCUGGGACUGUCCCUGAUCAACAACAGCAGCCGGAAGGAGAUCGCUUACAUCGGCAUCACCAGCUCAGGUGUGGUUUGGGAGAUGAAGCCAAAGAAUCGCUGGAAGCCGUUCAAUCAGAAAAACAUCAUCCUGCUGGAGGAAACAUACCAGCGUCAGCUGAGCGGGAAGACCGAGGGGGGCUGGGUCAAACUGCAGACCAACCUGGAGGUGAACCUCAGUGGUGUGACCAUGAUGAUGCGUCAGCCGUUUUCCUGCCAGGUGAGGAGGAACUUCCUGUCUGGGAUCCAGGUGGAGUACAAACAGUCACUGCAUCAGCGUAGUCUGAGGGCCCAGCUGCACUGGCUGCAGGUGGAUAACCAGCUGCCAGGUGCCAUUUUCCCCAUCGUCUUCCACCCUGUUCCUCCUCCGAAGUCCAUCGCUCUGGACUCAGAGCCGAAGCCGUUCAUCGACGUGUCCAUCAUCACCAGGUUCAACCAGUACAGCAGUGUCAUGCAGUUCAAAUACUUCAUGGCUCUGGUUCAAGAGAUGGCGGUGAAAAUCGAUCAGGGUUUCCUGGAAGCCAUCGUGGCUGUGUUCACACCUGCCGCUGACCCCCAGGCCGACAGACAGAAGUCUCGCCUGUUAGAGAGAGAUCUGCAGCUGCUGCAGUCCGAGCUGACGGAGGUGUCGCUCACCGACGCUUCAGGACUCAGCUUCUUCGAACAUUUCCACAUCUCCCCCAUUAAGCUUCAUCUCAGUCUGUCUCUGGGCUCCAGCGGUGGGAACUCGUCUCAGGGGACAGUGUCCGUUGAGUCUCUUAACCUGCUGUUAAAAAGUAUCGGUGCCACGCUGACCGACGUUGAUGACCUCAUUUUCAAACUGGCCUUCUUCGAGGUGAAGUACCAGUUUUACAGCAGAGAGAAGCUGAUGUGGGCGGUGGUCCGGCACUACAGUGAGCAGUUCCUGAAGCAGAUGUAUGUUCUGGUUCUGGGUCUGGACGUCCUGGGAAACCCGUUUGGACUGAUCCGAGGUCUGUCUGAGGGAGUGGAGGCCUUCUUCUACGAACCUUUCCAGGGGGCGGUCCAGGGUCCAGAGGAGUUCGCUGAAGGUUUUGUGAUCGGAGUCCGUAGCCUGCUGGGUCACACUGUCGGUGGCGCUGCAGGGGUGGUUUCCAGGAUCACGGGGUCGGUGGGUAAAGGUCUGGCAGCCAUCACCAUGGAUAAGGAGUACCAACAGAAACGACGAGAGGAGAUGAACCGACCGCCUAGAGACUUCGGAGAGAGUCUGGCUAAAGGAGGAGUUGGACUGCUGAAGGGAGUCAUGGGUGGAGUAACAGGCAUCGUCACCAAACCUGUGGAGGGGGCGAAGAAGGAGGGCGCAGCAGGUUUCUUUAAGGGCAUCGGGAAAGGUCUGGUAGGCGUGGUGGCCCGGCCGACAGGCGGCAUCGUGGACAUGGCCAGCAGCACCUUCCAGGGCAUCCAGAGAGCGGCGGAGUCGACAGAGGAAGUGACCAAACUGCGGCCGGUGCGUCUGAUCAGGGAGGACGGGAUCAUCCGACCGUAUGACCUGACGGAGUCACAGGGCUUCGACCUCUUCCAGCCUGAUGAGGAAUAAACAGGGUUUGAGCGGAUCAACGUUUCAUUCAAGUGCUUUUAUAGACCAUAAACUACAUUCAGUCUUUCAUUCAUUCAUUCAGUCAUUCUUUCUCACAUGUAAAUAUUGUCAUUCAUCUAUAAAUAUGUUUUAUACAUGAACCAAUAAAUACCGAGAUAAUUCAGGUUUCUAUGCAUGCCAUAUCUUUCUCUCAUACCUCAAACAUUUUAUUACUUUUUUCUAGAAUAAACAUGUCUGCUUUUUAUUUCUGAAAUACUUAAGUACUUUAUUUUUUAACUUUGUUCAUAACCAUGUAGAGUUUAUCGACCCAUCUACCAGGUAGUGGAACUGGUUUCCCUAGAAAGCUGUGGUUCAUGUGCCCUCUCCUGUAGAUCGUAGCAAUACUUUUGUAACAGACUUUGUUCUGGAGCGUAUCUAAGUCUGUGAUGUUGAAUGCUUCUGUGUAAUCCAGUCUGAACUCAUAUUAUGCAUCAGCAUGACCUCUGACCUCUGGCUGUGUCGUGCUCGUGUUGAGCUUUAAAUGUGUGUGUGUGUGUGUGUGUGUUGUUAGCUGAGCGAGAACACGGGGGAGUUCUGAAUGAAUCUGCAAACAUAACCCCCCCCCCCGUCAUGGUAAAUCAUAUUGUAGCUUUUAUACUGUGUAAUGUAAAGCAGACGAGAUGUUUAACCCUGUAAGACCCAACUAUAGAAAAAAAUGAUUUCACUCGUCAGAUGUUGCUGUAGGAGGCCUCUGAUGCAGAUAAUGAAGGAUUUUUGAAUUUUUUUUCUUUUAGUAAGUGUUUGGGGCCUUGCUGGGAGCAGAAUUUCAGCAUUUGCACUCACAUUGUCACACAAAUCUAUAGAACAGCUAUGGCAGUGUGGAUUGUAAAUAUCACGACUAGGAAUCACCCAACGGUCAUCAAGGGAAUCAGAAUUUAUUAAAAAUUUAAAAUAUUAUAUACAAAACACAUUUAAAACUUUGUCAAAGAACCUCAUUGACAGUGAUAAUCCCAAAAGCACAAAAGACGGAGAUUACACUUCCCGUAAAGCUUCUUAGAAUGUCUAAUUUUUAGUCUUUACUUGGAGAUAUGUUACGAUGUCACUGCGCACAUCUGUGGGUGGUUCACAUGACCUCUUAGCUGGGAUCCCAUUUGGUGGAUCCCCAAAACCUGAGGAUGGUCUCUUCAGGUCUCUGAGGCGUCACUGUUAGGGACGUCAAAGGGCUCCCACUGACUGAAGAUGGCCGCCCUCUCCUUGAAUCAGAUGCGAUGUGAAACUUACAUUAAAGACCGGAUAAUCAGUGAAAUAUUAAAUAUGGUAAACAGCGGAAAUGGAUUCACACCAGAGUGAGAGAGGAUGCGAGUUGCGCCUGGAACAGUCUCCUGUUCAGCAUCAGCACCACUGCUGACAUCUGGACCAGAGAAAUCUGAAUUAGUGAUGAAAUCCUUUUUUCAGGAAGCGAUACCUGUCCCAGGGCGUCGUCGGUUAAGUUGCUUUUCUCAUCAUCGUCAUCAGCUGGACAAUCAGCGGGUGUCUGAUUCUCUUUGACCAGCUCAUUGAUAUGUUCAACAAGCUCUUCAUCACUCAAAUAACUUUUUUUCGAAUUCGAAAAGCAAAAAUGGCAUCAUGCACACUAUGGUAAACAAUAGUUGCAAGAGUGUGUUCAGGUUUACAUAGUUUCAAUGCAGAUGAAUCCUAAUUAUGAUACAUUCCACUGAAGUGACACAAUACUGUGUGGCCAGCCUAAUGUGCACUCUACUUAACAUUAUGAAAGGAAUAUGCAAACCCCCGAACAUUCAGACCUGCCCUGAACAAUGCACCAUGCACGCAACCCCCCACAUUUCAGAACAUUUGUGCCAUCCUCCAAACCACUCCACAAACAACUCCCCUGCCUUACUAAACAAGCAGAUAUUUGGAAAAACAAAUAAAGACUAUAUUUUACUGCUAACAUACAGGAACAAUUUCAAAUAUUGGUACUAAAAUACUGCAACCAGAAAUCAUUUAUUCUUUUAGAACUAUACGAAUCUGGUCUAAACUGACAAUAAAACACAUCAAAUACAUUGUAUUUCUCUAAGUAUUUAUCCUAUUUGAGAAGUGCAACGUCUCAAGUGCUACUUUGAUUACCAUUCUCACCCAGCGUUGUAAAAUUACAACAAAGACAUAACAGCUGAAAAUCUAAUUUGACGCAUGCAUUCCACAAUAAUAUUAUAUAGUAUAGUAUAUAAAUGAACUAGACAUUCUAACAAUCACAAAAAGAAUAUUUCAGGGAUUUUACUCACUUCAGUGUUGAUAUAUCCAGUCCCAUGAAACGAGGAGAAGUGCUUCCAGGAAAGUUUGCAGGUCGUAUGAGUUCAUGGCCUUGUGCCCAGACAUGUGUACACAUUUAGUAUCCAAUGGCAUUGUGAGCUAAACAAUAGGACCCAUUGGCUAUGUACAUGUGGUCUUUCAAAAUAAAACAUUUGCAGAUGUAUUUUUUGGAGAGCUAAAAGUGAGCGGGUCUUACAGGGUUAACCUCACGCCACCUAUUAAUAAUCCAGCCAUCGCCUGUAACCGCUUCACCGUGCAGGGUCGCGGGGGGGCUGGAGCGAGAGGCGGGGUACACCUGGACAGGUCCCCAGUUCAUCACAGGGCCCUAUCUAGACUGUUAGUUCAGGAGCCAUCAGGUGGUUGAGUGAUUCAGUGAGUCAGCUGUUUUUUAACCCUCUGUGCUAUACUCACAUUUUGAAAAUAAUUAUUGUCUGAAUAUAGUGAUGCAGUGAAAGAUUAGAUUCAAAUAAAAAUUAAAUAAACUCUUAAAUUUAAAUCACCCGUCUGAGUAGCCAUCUUUAAAAGCUUCAGACGAACGUUACAGAGCAGGAAAACCUUCCUCCAGACUCCUCCUCCUCCUCCUUGAGCCUCAGCUGGCCCUCAGACCCUCCUGAGCUUACAGCUUUAUUUUUCUAGUCUUUCUUUGAGG